AUGCCAAACUGUAUAGUGAUAGCAAGGUUAACAGAAUUUGAUGAACCAUUGUUUCUUUUGCAAGCGACGGAAAUUGGUUCAUCGGCAAGAGAUUUAGUAGAAAGUUUUCCCCCGUCGGGUGCAAAUUAUAAUAAAGCUAUUCAGCAAUUGAAAUCGUGUUUUGCGAAAGAUGAGCUGUUGAUCCAAAUUUAUGUUCGUGAACUUUUGAAUCUUGUUUUAAUGCAAGCAAAGAAUGGAGAAAAUUUCACUUUACGUGCUCUUUAUCAUAGAUUAGAAAACCAGUUACGAACAUUGCAGACAUUAAGAGUGACAUCUGAAAAGUACGAAGCAAUGUUGUACCCAUUAGUAGAGUCAGCUCUUCCAGAAGAUCUUAUAAAAGCAUUAAAAGAAAAUAUGUGGUGCUAUUCCUCAUAUUUGACGGAAUUAUGGAGUCCAGAUGCUAUUGGUAUACGGGAUCCUGUGGAAAUAAAGUCAAGUCAGGUAGCUGAUGAAGAAACAGUUGAAUUUUUUCGAAAAACUAUUAAAAGAAAUGAAGACAAGAGAUAUGAAGUAUGUUUGCCGUGGAAAAGUGUAUAUCCAGAGUUAGAAAUUAACAAAGAAGUAGCCACUAAGCGUUUGAUGUCAACUACAAAAAAUCUUAUUCAAUAUAUAUAUAUAUUAUCAGAAUAUUUAAGCGAAUAUGAUGAUGUUUUUAAUGAGUGGAUUCGAGAGGGAAUUAUCGAAUUUGUAGAUGACGAUAAGAAUAAAGGACACUAUUUACCUCAUCAUCCUGCAAUAAAGACUGGAGAUACAACUACAAAAAUUCGCCCAGUUUUCGAUGCCUCAGCAAAAGACUCUAAAGGAAAUUGCUUGAAUAAUUGCUUGGAGAAGGGUCCGAAUUUAUUAGAAUUAGUAUACCAAAAUUGA